AUGGUCUUCUCCCGAGUCUUCACGCGACGCCUCGCGCUCACCCGGCAAUCCGGCCGACCCAACAUCGCCAACCGACGCACAAUGAUAGCAGCGCCAGGCCCGAACACAGGACCACUACUUGAACGCCGUGCGGACCGCGAGCUACCGAACCCGAACCCAACGCGCAAAUGGCUCCUCACGCUCCCGAUCUUCAUUAUCGCGACGGGAGCAGGCAUGCUUGGAAUCUUCAAUUACCAGAAGUCGUCGUCGAGUAUCGUGAAUAGCACGCUGUAUGCGCUGCGGACGUCGCCGCGGGCUCGUGAGAUCUUAGGUGAUGAGAUCUACUUCGCGCAGCAGAUUCCUUGGAUUAGUGGGGAGAUGAAUCAAUUGCAUGGUCGGAUUAAUAUCUCGUUCUGGGUUAAGGGGACUAAGGCCCAGGGCAAGAUGAGGUUCCACAGUAUUCGGCCGGAUCGUAUGAGCUAUUUCCGUACUGAGGAAUGGAGUCUCGAGACCGAGGAUGGAACGGUAGUUCAAUUGCUCGACAAGGAUACCGAUCCUUUCCGGAAGAAUUGA